GCUAGGUUAUUCACCCGGAAGAGCACGGUAUUCAUCUUCCAGCUGACUGGGAUGGAUCGAUAAAUCAACAUAAGAGAUAACUAGCAUCCACCCUUUUAGCAGAGUACAUGGGCGAAGUGAAUAAAUUGAGGAUUUCUCCUUUAUAAUUUGCAUUAAAUUCCCCUUGAAGGCGAUUGAACCAGACAUCACGAUUGAUGAAAAUCAUUCUCCUUUGCAGGUGUCUCAGGCAGGGUGGAUCCAGCUAGCUGGGACUGAUGACCAGUUGUCUGACAAGAAGAUUAGAAGAUCGAUUUCCAGACUCUAGGAGGAACCAUGGCUAAUAAGGUGAAAUGGGUGACCGACAUUGAGAAAUCCGUACUCAUCAACAACUUUGAGAAGAGAGGAUGGACUCAGGUCACAGAGAGCGAGGACUGGAACUUCUACUGGAUGAGCGUCCAGACCAUCCGGAACGUGUUCAGUGUGGACACGGGUUACCGUCUCUCGGACGAGCAGAUGGUCAACCACUUCCCCAACCACUACGAGCUGACCAGGAAGGACCUGAUGAUCAAGAACAUCAAACGCUACCGCAAAGAUAUGGAGAAGGAGGGAAGCCCUCUGGCCGAGAAAGACGAAAACGGGAAAUACCUUUAUUUAGACUUUGUUCCGGUGACUUUCAUGCUUCCGGCGGAUUAUAAUCUGUUUGUGGAGGAGUUCCGUAAGAGUCCUUCCAGCACGUGGAUAAUGAAGCCGUGUGGGAAGGCUCAGGGAAAGGGCAUUUUCCUCAUCAACAAACUUUCCCAGAUCAAGAAGUGGUCCCGAGACAGCCGUACCUCCACGUUUGUAGCGGCCUCAAGUGGCAAGGAGGCCUAUGUCAUCUCUCUGUACAUCGACAACCCACUGCUGAUCGGAGGCAAGAAGUUUGACCUGCGUCUCUAUGUGUUGGUUACCACCUAUCGACCUCUCAAGUGUUACAUGUAUAAACUGGGUUUCUGCCGGUUUUGCACAGUGAAGUACACCCCCAGCACUAGUGAACUGGACAACAUGUUUGUGCACCUGACCAAUGUGGCCAUUCAGAGACAUGGGGAUGACUAUAACCAUGUCCACGGUGGGAAGUGGACGGUCAGUAACCUGCGUCUGUACCUGGAGAGCACCAGGGGGAAGGAGGUGACCAGCCGACUGUUUGACCAGAUCCACUGGAUUAUGGUGCAGUCCCUAAAGGCUGUCGCUCCCGUCAUGAACAAUGAUAAACAUUGCUUUGAGUGUUAUGGAUAUGACAUCAUCAUCGAUGACAAGCUGAAGCCAUGGCUUAUUGAGGUCAACGCUUCUCCGUCGCUCACCUCCAGCACAGCCAACGACCGGAUCCUGAAGUACAAUCUGAUCAAUGACACUCUCAACAUCGUCACACCCAACGGGGACAUUCCCGACUGCCGCUGGAACCGCAGCCCACCCCGAGAGGCCCUGGGCAACUACCAAGUCCUGUACGACGAGGAGCAGGCGCUGAGCGAGAAUGCAGAACGUGACCUACGGAGUCGCUCAGGCCAGUCGCUGGGGUCUAAGGGAAUGGCAAAGGGGGGCACCGGGCCUCGCCCAGCUGCCGCCACCUGGAAGUGAGGUGGUAAUGUCCAACGCCUCACUGUGCCUCACUGUCCCUUCACUGACCUCUCACUGACCUCUCGUUGCUCUUCCUGUGUCAUUCAUGGGGGAAAGGGGGUCGCGGGCAAGGGACGACCCAGACAGAGGAAUGGAAGGAUGACAGGGAGGGAGAGGACCCAGUAAGCUCUGAGGACCCUGCCAUGCAUCACAAGCAAGGACACGUGUGUGUCAGUAAAGAAAGGGUCACACACACUCACGUUUAGCAGAAGCUCUGUAUAAUACACCAAAUAAUAGUAUUUAUCAACCUUUUAUAUAGCAAUGGGAAGGGGACGUUCUCAGAUGACUGUUAGAGGAUUUCAAUCAAUGCACCUGUUUGAAUAAUGUUUACAUAUAUUGUUGUGGAAUUGUUUUACUUGGAUGUUUUUUAUGUUUUCAAGCAGAAUAUUUGCUAGUUUAAGACACAUUGACGUGUGUAAUUAUUCUGUUCAUGUCUGAAAACCGACAGGUUUCACCUCUUUAUUUUGAAAUGUAUGACCCGAAAAGCAUUUGCUAUUUGUUGACUGUAUAAAACAUAGUGUAAUGGACAAUGCUAACAACAAACAAAAGUAAGACUGGAAAGUGAGCUUUGAAGCGUUUGCUUUUCAAGCCACUGGAGUAGGCUAUAAAGUGUAUAAUGCUACAGUAUGCAUAGGACAGUCAAUGUAUUGGAAUUACUUUUACAAAACUGAGAGACUUGUUCAAUGUUUGGUUAUACAACUUUACUUUUGAGUUGUUACUCAUAAGUUCACCUUUGGGAUAAAGAAAUGCUAUUACAGUUAAAUAUCUGGAUAUAAAGUGAUGAGGUCAGCUCUUCAAACGUUGAAGUACCUUUAAUGUUGUGUUGUGGAUGACAUUGACAUGCCAACAAAUAUUUUCCUGUGGUGUGACCUUGGAGGGGUGACCUCGAAACCAGGGUUGCAUCCCAAAGGGCACCCUAUUACCUAUGGGCCCUGGUUAAAAGUAGUGCACUAUAUAGGGAAUAGGGUGCCAUUUGAGACACUGACCAGCACACCCUUGGUCUGCCUGUGUGUUUAAGAUAAUCCCAUACUGGUCACAGUGUGUGGUCACCUCGAGCGGUUGGCAUACAAGAGACUAAAGCUGAAGUGGCUACUGAGCUACAACAGACUGAACCAUUCUGAUUGUGUGAAAGUGAACAUGAUGUAAUAACCCAUAGAGUAUCUUUAUUCAUUUGUUAUAUACAGUACCAUACAUCCCACCCCACCUCACUGUGGUCCCCAGAGUUGUUAAAGGGAUAGUUCACCCAAAGGAAACCAAUAUGUCAUUUUGUAAUUUGGGUGAAUUAUCACUUUAACAGUCACCAUUAGGUUUUGCCUUUAAUGAUUUGGCCUUUUUUUGUAUAGAAGACUGUACCAUGUUUUAUUUAUACUAAUAUGGUGCUGCUGCCUUUGUCUUACAGAUGGUUUUAGUACACAAUGAAAUAUACUGUUACAUUAAAAUAACGUAUUUUGAUGUACUUUUGACACUAUUUGGUUAUGCAUUUCAUGUCAUCCUUUUACCCGCAUUCUUUGUUACAUACAGGUAGCUGCAAUUAUAUUUUUUUAUGUACAUGUACUGAAUAUAGGAAUUAAUAACAUGCAAUGUUUUUGGUUUUUAAAUGUAUUAAUAAUUCCUGGUGCCUCAAAUGUCUGCAUGUAAUAAAUCCAAUUAAACAAUG